AUGAAUUUUUUCACUUCGCUAGUUUGUUGUGGAAAGCGCAACUAAAAGAACGAUUAAUAUGCCAACAGGCAGCAAAUGGAAGACCUUUCAUAAAUUGAUUAAAGCAGGAUCUUGCAAUAUUUCAACGAAUUUGAGGGCAAAUUAACCUGGGAUCUUAAGAAAAUUCCAGUGGCAGAGUUUAUUCAGGAGGCCAAGCUCUUAGCAUCAUUUGAUGGCUCGAUUUCUACCCGACAGCUGUCCAUUUUGUACCAGAAAUUUAACAUUCAGUUUACUUCUCUUAUAACUAUAUUCGCUUAAGAGUUUUUCUUCAAAAAUCAAAUUGGUUCAUCAACAGAGUACGAUGCAGUGAAGAUGAAUAUGUUUAACUUACUUUACUGUGAAGGAGAGGAUAAGGCCAAGCUAGGCUUGCUAUAUGAUUUAAUAAUGGCUCAACCUGAGCAGGUUGUGGCUAAAAAAGCUAUGAAACCAAAUGAUGAGUGGAUUUUACGCCGUCUUGAAUAUUUGAUUAUGAUUCCUAGUUUGCUAAUUGCCAACAUCAUUGAACAGUAAAAUAAACUAAGUCGUAAUGUACCAGAGGAAAAAACUAUCUUGGAGGAAGUUGAGCGAGUCUAAUUACUCCUAAUAGAUUCUACGAGCAGCUAAUUGAGAGAGUUCGCUGGGAUGAUUAGCAGAGAAUUCUUCUUUUAAUCUGUUGCUGAUAGGAACUAAGGUUAUAAUAGCCAGUAACAAAGAUAAAAGUAUGGAUCUAACAUUAGUUCAAACAGCAUCCUUAUGGUGCUUUCAAAGUCAGAAUUUAUAGAGAAAAACAUUAAAAUUAAAUUUAAAAUCACAUCCCCUUCCGAGAUUAGAAAUAGAUUUCUCAAAAUGCUAGAAGCAAAGCAUAGCAUAAUGAGAAACUCAAUAAACUUCACUUUGAUUAAUAACAGGGAUAGCAUGUUUGUCAGCAGGGAUAACGCUCAGAAUCAAGGAUUCGGAGAUUUCAAUUUCUCAUCAUAGGUUGAGGAGGAUUUUCCAGAUGAUAUGUUCUCAAGGGCUAACAGUCAUAGCAAAAAUCCAAAAAAAAAGAUUAACAAAAAUAACAAAUCCAGAAGCCAAAAAAAUCUUCAUGACUAGCAUUAAAGCUAAGAGAGAUCGGUUGAGGAAUAGAUAAGUGAACCAAAAUUUACCUUUGAAAAUUUAAAUAGAAAAAGUAAUAACUUGAAUGAAAGAUAAUCGAAUGCUAGAGCAACUAAAGCUAAUACACUUAGUAAUCCGAAUUCUAAGAGAAAUUCUACUAAUCCCAAUUAAGUUGGCCUGCCGCAAGGUGAUACUAUUGAAAAAUUGAACUAAAAAUACUCACCUGAAUUGAUUAAGUUUUAUUUCAGCUUUCUAGUCGAGAAAACAUAAGAGUCUCAAACUAAGAUCAACAGAAAUAGAGAUUACUUAAAGUCAAUUCCAAAAUUUACCUUUGACUUGGAUAGGAAUAUUCAUCCUUAAGUUAAAUAGCUAAUAGAGUAUCUGAAAUUAAAAGUAAGUGUUUAGGAUGUCAAAGAUGUCGACUUCGGAUGUUACUUUGGAGAGGACAUUUACUAAGUAUACUUGAAAAUGCUUGAAAUAUUCAACCUAAUCGCAUAAGAUUUGCACAGUACAAGCGCUCAAAGUAAUCAAUAUGGCUUGAGAAAGACAUAAGUAAGUUAAAUGCAAUAGAAUGUACAACCACCACCUAAGAAUAUGACAUUCCUUGGAAUAAAUGAAAUCAUGGAGAACUAGCAAGAAAUGGCAGGAAAAAGAUUAAAGAAAUUUAAGGGCUUCUUUGAAAAGAACUCGGUUUUAGCACCUGUAUUUUUCAAUUCUGAGGAUCGUAAACAGGCAGUAUUAGUUCAUAUUAAUCCUAUUACUUUAACUGCAGAACUCUAUUACAAACCUAAUCUCUAACAUGAUAAUAGUAAGCUCAAAAUUUUCUCAAUAAUAAAAAUAGGUGACAUAUCUGAGUAAGUGCUUAAUAUGUUAGACUAGGUCGGCAAUGUGAAUGGAAUAAGAUUCGAUGAUGAUGAAGUUGAGGGUAAAAUACACGAAGUGGAGGCAGACACUGAAGAAGAUAUGUUGGUCUUUGCUUGCUACAUUGCUGAAUGUUUAACUCUAAGGAAGGAGAUCGAUAUCCAGAGUAAAGGAGUAACUUAUCUUAGGAAUAGAAUCGUAGAUUCAAUCAUAAAUCUAACAUAUAUUUGA